AUGCCUGUCAGGGCAUUGGUCGGGCAAUAUCGAACCAUGGAUGCUCCGACCCUGAAGCGAGAAUUUGCUAAUAAAUUGAAGCAGAUCACAUCCUCACUGAUCAUCUUAGCACUGCUAUUCAAGAAUGUCAUGCCUCUGGCUUUGAACUCCGUCCGGACAACAAGCCAUGUCUCGGUCCUGCGCAACGCAACUCCUCUCUUCAUAGGGGCAUCACGACUCCAUCGAACAACUCUUUUCCAGCAGAGCUUACGGGUCUUCCCAAGAUUUAUCCAAAAAGCAGUGUCGAAAGCGAUGACCCCAGUUGUAGCGCCAAAAGCGGUGCCUACGGUAUUCGUAUCUAAACUGAUUGACGCCGAAACACGACAACGGCACCGCAUCAAGCGAAUGGCUGCCCAGCGAAUAUACCAGCAAAACGCAAGAAGACUGGCUGCAAAAAUCUACAAUGCCGGUCCGUUCUUGUAUUACGGCCAUACCGGCAGUAACUACUAUGACUAUGAUCCCGGCAAGAGCAAUAGGGGUUUUGAUUCUUUCUCUGAUGUUGUUCAUGGCAGAAUACCACUGGGUGAAGCUGGGCAGGAAGAGGAAGACGAGGGUGAAAACGAAGAGAUUAGGAAGUUGGAAGAGGAAAAUGAUGAGUCGAGGGGUGAGGUUGGGAGGUUGAGGAAGGAGAAUAGCGAGUUGAAGGGGCAAAGUGAGGAGGAGUUUGAGGAUGAAGAGUUUGAUCGGCUUGUAAAUGGUUGA